AUGUUCGCCUCCAUCAUCACCCUCGCCGGCUUCCUCGCCGCUGCCACCGCUCUGCCCGCCAGCGGCCUCUACCGUGCCAACAACACUGCCGCAGGUGCCGCCGGUGCUGCCGGUGCCGCCAGCGCGGACUGGGCCUGCUCUGGCAGCAGCACGUACACGGAGGGCGACAGCGACCAGGGCAAGGGCGUGUGGAUCAAGAACUCGGACAGCCAGCGCCGUGGGUUCUACGCGUACCACAACAGCUGCGACGCGGUGCCGUUCAAGCACAUCUGGAUCAACGGGGGCGACACGCGCUUCAUCUCGUUCCCUGACCGCUGGGAGGGCCGCAUCACGCGCGGCGACGACGGCAGCAACCUCAACGGGCAGCCGCAGCUGCUGGCGACGUGGCUCGAGUUCAGCUUGGACCAGAACGGCUGGAUCUGGGGCGAUGUUUCUCUGAUCCGCGGCACCGACGGCGCUGUGCGCAUAUGGACCAGCGACGGCUCCAACCAGGAGCGCGGCUUCUCCCAGAACGUCAUUGACAGUGCCCCAGGCAACGUCGUUGCCUACAAGCCCAACGGCGCGCGUGUCAUCAUGAAUACCGAGGGUCCCGGCGGCGCCAUCACCCCGGCCCGCGACUACCUCCUCAAUGUCGUCGGCGCCGGAAACGCCUACAUCGACGACGCCCACGGCAACCCCGUCAUCACGUCGACCAACGGCCGCUUCGGCACUGAGUGCUACAACUACCCGUGGUGGCUAUGA